AUGUCUUUUUCAACUGCAGCAAGAGGCUCUUUUCAAUCACAACACCUAUUAUCCAGUGAAAAUUCGAGUUCAACAUCUACUUCUCAUUAUACUUUCCAUGCAUGGUUUUGCAUGGCUGUUUUCAUUGUAGAUAUUGUAUUCAUCAUCGGAGCCCCAAGGAUACCUAUAUUCCCAACGCUUCAUACAUGGAAGAGAUGGUUCCAAUGGUUACAAUUUAAAUUAUUCAGAACAAGACAAAACAGUGAUGAUGAUACGGGGGUGAAUGAUUCCGAUAACAAUGAAAAUUCCAAUGAGAAUAAUAAUUCCACUCCGUCAUCAUCAUCACUUCUAUUCAAUCAUUUGGUUCAAUUUUAUCAUAUUGAUUUAGAUAUGAGCUGGGCCUCUGUGAUUGCUAUCGUCGUUUUGUUGGCGAGCGGAACAUUGGAUUGGAAUAACAUGAAAAUUGGACUACUUGGUGCAGAGGGGCAACAUUUACAACCUUACAGCAUCUUGUUACUUUUCAUGUCAUUGUCCUAUGUUUGUGUUUCAUUGGACGUCACUGGAUUAUUUAGUUAUAUUGCUAAUUGGAUUAUCAAAAAGUCGAAUUAUAAUGGACACAAAUUAUUUAUUUGGUUCUCCUUGUUUGCCAGUGUGUUGACAAUAUUUACCUCUAAUGAUAUUGUGAUUUUGACACUGACUCCAAUUUGUUGCUACAUGUGUUUAUCGAGUAGAAAUUUGGAUCCAGUGCCGUAUGUCAUUUCUCAAUUUUUCCUUGCAAAUGUUUGGAGCGUGUUGCUGGAAAUUGGAAAUCCCACAAAUGUGAUUGUGGCUCUUGCCUAUGAAUUGAACUUUUUGGUUUAUUCCAAGUGGAUGGCUUUACCUGCAAUUAGUUCAGGAACUGUGUGUUUUAUAUUAUUAUACAUUUUCUUUUACUCUUCAAUACCAAAGAAAAUUGAGCUGGUCCAUGACGCUCAACAAAAUGAAGAGAUACGAGUACCACAUCAAAGUAGGGAAGAGCUCGAGGAAGCAUCGGCACAACAGGAAGGGCCUCCAUCUUCUGCCAUUGUAGAUUCUUUAAAUAACGACCCUGCCUCAAACCAUUUGAGUAACGCGUUGCUGGAAGACUCUCCUAACACUGCUGGUAACACUAUGGAAGAAGCAAGCAGUCACUUGUCUAAAUCAUCUACCUCAUCCCUAGAUGUGAAAUCAGCAGUUGUAAAAUCAGUGGCGUUAUUAUUGUGUCUGGUGACGCUGAGUGUUACUUCACUCAUCAAAUUUGGAGAUACAGGAGAAACCAUUCCUCCAUGGAUUGUGACAUGUUCCUUCUUUGGAUUUUCUCUCAUCUAUGAUUUUGUGAUGGAUUCUCUACAAUUAUUCAGAAUUUAUUACAGGAAAACCAUGAAGAAACCUUUCGAUUCUUUAAUUUGGAAAGUUCUUGUUCGUCUUCCAUGGAAAAUUAUUCCCUUCAUUUUGUCCAUGUUUACCAUUGUUCAAUUACUGAAUUAUUACGGAUGGACUGAUUUAUUAGCAAAGAAAGCAGCAGAAAUUAUUAUCACACUUUCAGGAAAUCAGUCGCCUGAAGCUCUGGCUGAAGGAAAAACAAGUGUUCAAGCCAUCCUUGCAGCUACGAUGGUCAUGAGCUACCUUUCAUCUUUAGCUUGCAAUGUUAUCAAUAAUCAGCCAAUGACCAUUCUAUUCACCAGCGUCAUUUCAAGUAAGGAAUACAAAAUUUUAACACCCGUUCAAAGAAAAGGGAGUAUGUUCUCUCUUAUUUUAGGAAGCAAUUUUGGAGCCAAUAUAACAUUGUUUGGAGCAUUGGCUGGAAUUAUGUUUCUGUCUAUUUUGAGGCAAAACGGUAUCACCAACAAGCAAGUGAAUUAUUUUACAUUCCUCAAAUAUGGGCUCAUUAUCACACCAAUUGUUAUUUUAGUGGGAAGUUUUUUCAUAUUUAUUGAGCUGCUAAUUUUUGAAUGA